ACGCGACAGUAACUCAGCGCUCGCGUUUUUAUUCCUUCGGUUCAUCUUUUUCCAAACAAACCUCAGAAAUGCAACGAAACAGCCUCGUUUUUUACGUUUGAAUGGUUGUUCUGUGUUUUUCGUGAUGAGGAUUCUUCUCCAGGGUCCCAGUUACGCCCCGAGCCUCCUCUUGGAGCUCAACCGCCUUCGUCUCUCGCGCCGCUUCUGUGAUGUCCUGCUACAAGUCGGAAACCGCAAAUACCCUGCUCAUCGGGCCAUUCUCUCUUGUGCUGGGGCCUAUUUUUACAACCUGUUUGCUACGACUUCAGACUCCCUGUCUUCUACUACUAAUACUACUACUGCCUUCUCAUUGGAGUUUAUCUCUCCUUCAAAUUUUGAAAAAGUGCUCACGUUUAUUUACACGGGUGAGAUUUUGAUAGACUUAAUCGAUGUUGGGGUACUGUAUGAACUAGCCGAAAGAUUAGGGAUUAGUGAAUUGGUGAGAGCUUGUCAUGCAACGUUCCCAGACUUACAAACUUCAAAAAAUUGUAAAAAUAGUCCAGCAGAUCUAAUCUCCUCUGGUGUUGCUUCCAAUAACGAUGCUAACCUCGUCAGUGAAUUUGCCUGCUCCUCUGCGGCGUCUUGCUCCUCUCUCUCUUCCUCUGCUCCAACUCCCGCUUCGUUUUCACCUCCUUCUCAGCCAAAGCAAGCGCGGAGCAAUUCUGAAACAGCAAACUUGAACUUAAAAUCAGAAAAUAUCCAAGCAAUUGCAAACUACGGUCAAAUUUUGGCAGAGUCAGAGCAUCAGGAGCUUCCCCUAGGCAGUAAUGAUAAUGAUAAAACGACACUGUUCAUUGGUGCAGCUCUUCAACUCAAAACUGAACAGGAUUUUUCAGGAGAAGAAGAGAGGAGAGAUGAGCACAAAAUACAGAUAGAAGCGGAGUCUUUGGUUGGUGUUGAUGGAGGAGGACUGCAGGUGGGGUCGGUGCAGAGUGGAGAGGUGGAGAGAGAGAGUAGACUUUUCAUUCAGUCUGUGGAGGGUGCCAGAGGAGGAGGUGAAGACAGGAGUGAAUCUGAAGAGAACAAGAAUGGUGGAGUCAUGGAUGAACCGGAGGAGGAUGAGCAGUGGAGGCAACUCGCAGGAGACAUCAUUGAACUGAGCGAUGAUGAAAACUACUUAGAAGAGAAAGACGAAGAGGAAGAGGAUGACCUGGUCUGCAUCGAGAACGGAGCCAAUCCAAGCGCACAGGAGUCUGAGCAGCUCCCCUGUAAAGUCUGUGGUCUAAACCUGUCCUUGGACCCGGCUCUGGUCAGGUCUCACGCUGAGUCCCACCUCACAGAGGGGGGGCAGUGCGUCGUGUGUGGAGCCAUGUUCCUCGAUCCGGAGAGCGGACUGAACCAUGUAGUCUCCCAUGUGGGGGUGCAGCUGCAUGCCUGUGCCAUGUGUCAGACUCACUUUAGCAGCAGAGCCAAAGUCCUGCGCCACCUCAACGUCUCCUCCUCCUCCUACUCCAUCCCCCCGUCUGCUCUGAGCAGCAGUGCCCCCCAGAGCUCAGAGCUGCACUGCGCCCAAUGCAACAAGAUGGUCAGCAGGGACUUCAAGAGUGUGAGGGAGCAUGCUUUGGCCCAUGUGUCCGUUCAGUCUCUCUCCUGUUCAAUCUGCCCUCUCUCUCUACCCUCCCUGUGCCCCCUGCUCUGGCACGCCCUGUCGCACCUGUCCUUACCUGUUUUCACCUGUCCUCACUGCGCCUUGUGCUUUGUGGAGCGCCCCCUUCUGGACAGACACAUGAGCGCACACGCAGAGGAGGCCGCAGCCAAAGAGAGGGAGCGAUCGCUGCUCAGGGCCUUCGCUUUCAGGCCCAACGGGAGCUUGUCCGGAGGAUCCGAGGAGCUUCGAUGUCCAUUUUGUCCCCAAACUUUCCGGUCCUCUUCCUCUUUCCACUCCCACCUCAGCACUCAUUCUGCAGACGCCCUGUCUUCCAACACAGGUACUGCAGGCUUACUCGGCAAACGCAAGUCUGACUCUACUCUCAAUGGCCCCACUCCAUCUCUCUCGUCCCUUCGCGACAUCGGGGAGUUGUUUAAAAUGAGCAACGCUAACUUCAGUUACAGCUCACCCAAUAAAACCUUACCCGGACUCUCACAUGGUCUCGGGCCUGGCAUGCCUGCGUCUUUUGGGUCGACCUCGGGACAGGAGGCAGCAGACUUUGGAGCUGCUAAAGCCAAGUGGUACCGCUGUCGAUACUGCGGCAAGUCUUUCGCUCAUUCCGGAGAGUUCACGUACCAUUUACGAAUUCACACGGGGGAGAAGCCGUACCAGUGCAAAGUCUGUUUGCGUUUCUUCCGGGGCCGAUCGACGAUGAUUUGCCAUUUGAAAACUCAUGCUGGCGCCCUGAUGUACCGAUGUACAAUCUGCGGCCUCUUCUUUUCAACGCUAAAAAUGGUAUCGUCUCACAUGGAGUUACACAAGGACCACCUCCCUCCAGAUUUCAACAUUGAACAGACUUUUAUGUACAACGACCACUCCAAGGAACCGCUGCCCCCUGCUGACACAUGAAGAGCAGUUUGGGUUUUUACAACAAUGUACUGUUUGGCUUAGAGCCCAUGUUACACUGUUUUCUGAUCUGUGUUCUAAUGUUGUUUCCUCAUCACAAACAGACCUGGAGUUGUGUUUUGUUUCAUUCACAUGUUUAACACACAAACCUUGUAUAUUUAGGAUGAGUUCUUCUCUCAAACAGAAAACACUCUGUUCCACUUUGUGAUGUCAUGUGGUAAUACAGGAAGUGCUCCACAGUGUUUUUAAACUCCACACACCUUCACUAGAAUCAUUUGGAUAGUUUCAGCCUUGGAAUCACCAAUCUCUACUGAGCUAAAGGUAAAAGGAGCUGUUAACGUGAAAACUACCACUUUACGACAUCCCAAGGUGGAACAGAUCGUUUUGAAUUUUGCAGAUGUAGACAGACUAAUAAUGUACGAUUAUUUAAAUGUGUGUGAAUGAAACAAAACACAACUCCAGGUAUGUUUUUUUUUAUGAGGCAACAACAUUGUAUAUUAUAAAGCCUUUAAAGUCCCUUAAAGGCGCUGUACCUCAUUUUUUUGUCUUAAAAACAUGAAAAACAGAAGUAGUUCAUUUAAAACGGUUUACAGUGAUUCAAAGUUAAUCCACACUUGUCUAACACAUUCUGAGCAUCGUAAUCAUUCACAGUGAUGAGUUUAUAAGCGAUUUUCCUACCUUUUAGAGUUUUGCCGUCACAACAACUAGUAUGCUAACAUCGCACUUGUUGGUUUGUGAAUGGUUACAAGUUAUAAUUGGAUGCAGGUAGCUUAACUGCAGAAACAUCCAUCCAAAUGGACUUAAAUGUGGACUUAAAUAUGAAUAUACAUUUUGACUAGUUUUACUAAUUACUUAUUGGACUCACAUAAUUAUUAACAUGUUACUUGUUUCAGUACUUACAAGCUAACAGGAUAACUAACGUGGUAUUUUCACAGUAUCAGGUUCUAACUGCAAAAUCACAGGGCCGUCACAAAGCUAGAAACUGCCCUGCCAAAUUUUGAUGGUUAUCUUAAUAUUCUUGAAAUAAUAAGUAACGAGACUAUAGACAUAAUGAACUAAGUAUUUUAAUGUACUUUAUGUUGGAUUUAAGCGUGGUAUUGUUCUUAUAGUAAUAGGACAGUAAAAGAGAUAAACCGAUGUAUUGGCUGAUAUUUGCCCUUUUUAGCGUAGCCACUAUCAGCCUUAAAUCUCCAGCACAGGCCAAUAUUUUAUUUUGGCUGAUCAGCUGCCUAAAAAGUACUCAAACUUUAUUUAAACACUGCACAAAAUGUGACUACACAGCUCUGUCCGGUGUGUGGUAAAACAGCGCUGUGGGUGAGGUCGUAGUUAACUUAAAGGGCCCAUAUUUCUCAGUUUUCUGAUCUGUCUUAACGUUGUUUCCUCAGCACAAACAUACCUAGAGUUGUGUUUUGUUUGUUUGUCUACGACGAUGUACUGUUUGGCUUAAAGGGCCCACAUUAUGCUGUUUUCUGAUCUGUUCUAAUGUUGUAACAGCAUUAUAACAUGACUUUAAGUUCACAAGAGUCCAUUUUGGGUAAUAUAGGAACUUAAGUUACAGAAUUUGGGGAAAAUCAUAAAAAUCUGACCUAUAUAUCAACUCCAAAAUAUCAGCAGCUAUUGAUUUCGCUGGAUGCUAAACAAUCAGUAUUGGCCAUGAAAAACCCACAUCGGCCGAUAGACAGUAUUUAUAAUUGCGUGUGAAUUCAAAACUUGAACUUGAGAAAAUGUUUUUGUUAAAGUGUUUCUCGUGGACCGUAAACUGUUAAAUACAUUUAGACCAAUAGAAUGUAGUGAGUCCUGUAUAAUCUGUAGAAUACUGUUUAGUCAACCUCUCUAUAGUUGUGUCUCAAUGUCGCCACUCGAGGGCGCUCUUUUCUGUAAUAUUUCAUAAUAUGAGCAGUUGGUUGAUUGUUGACUGAAAUCUGUUACCUCUAUAUAUUUAUUAUCACAUUGAAACUGAAGUAGCACCAUUGUAGCAUAGAACUUUUAUAUUUAAUUUUUAACAAUAGUGUUUUGUAUGCAUUUUUAACAUGACAAACUUUUAUUUAUUUUAUUUACACAGACUGUAAGCUUUAAACUGAAUUCUGAGGGCUGAGAAUCAAAAUAUAACAUUUUCAACUAGUCCUAAAAGCUAAAUUUGUAUAAACCAAAACAUUAAAGGGGCACUAUGUAACUUUUUCAAAGCUCUGCAACGUGCUUGUCUCCAUGGAGAUGUUACUGCUUUGUUUGGGAUGAUCCACAGUAUGGCAUUAAACUUAUCUACUGUUCGUUAAUGCUUUUACAGAAAUUUUUACUGCUCAAAAUUACCUUGAAAAACUUCUAGUGUAAUACUGCACAUGCUUUCUUAAUGUUAGCGGGGUUGCCUCUCCGCAGAUCUGACCUCUGAUGUGUCCAGGAGGUGGCAUCUGCUGGUCUCUGUGCAGUUGGAUAAGUUUAAUGCCAUACGGUGGAACAUUCCAGGCAACGCAAUAAAAUCUCCAUGGAGACAGGCAGGGGCGGAUCCUCCAACAGAAAAGUUACAUAGUGCAUCUUUAAUAUAGCAGUUAAAGCGAAUGAUUCCAGCCUUUUAUGUGAUUUGUAUUUUGUAUUUCCACAAUUUAAUUAAUACUUAAAAUAUCAGCCAAUGAUUAAAGUGUUGUGCCUUUAC